GUGUCUUGGGAGGGAGUUGGCUAUGGCUGCAAAUUCUAUCCGUGUCGUAUAAAGACGGAGGUGCAUAUCCUCAAUUGAAGACCCUCAGCAACCUCAGUCGUCCACAACUCCUUCACCAUGCUUCGAGUGUAUUUCCCACUUCUAUGCACUCUUUGGCUUUCGCUUCCAGCUUUUGCCUAUCCUACCAAGGAGAAUAUUCAUCGAAAUGCUUCGACAAAUAUCUCAGUUUAUAAGGAUGUUCCGGGACCUCCUAACCUGGAGAAUCUAGUGGUACGACGCAAUGGCGAAAUCCUCGUGACGUCUACUGCAACCCCAUUCAUCUAUCUUAUCACGCCCAACACAGCCGAGGCACCCACUGCUGUUGCUCAGGUUCCGAACGCUACCAUGCUUACUGGAAUCAUGGAGCUACGGGACAACGUCUUCAUUGUCGCUGCAGCGGAUCCCCUGUCUCCCGGUUCAAAUGCUGUAUGGAGACUCGAUAUGGAUUCAAAAGACAGCAACAAUAGCAGCACGCAUGCUAAUCCUCAGCUCUCACUCCUGGCCCGGAUUCCAUACGCUAAGCAACUCAACGGCAUGACCCGAAUUGCGAAGAACGACACCUCUCAAAUCCUGAUCAGUGAUUCAGCAGCCGGGAAUAUCAUACGACUGGACGUUGUCACCGGAGACCACGCUGUCGUCAUCUCAGACCCCACAAUGCUGCCAACAUCAGAAGGCAUCAAUGUCGGCGUCAACGGAAUCCACACGUGGGGAGACCAGUUAUUCUACACCAGCCUUGACCAGGGCCAUUUCGCCAGGAUACCAAUCUCGCUCUCAUCUGGCGCGGCUACAGGUCCGGCAGACAUCAUCGUCAACGGCACUCUAGAAUUCGCAGACGACUUCGUUCUUUCUCGGGACGGGCAGACAGCUUGGAUCACCGAGAACGGCGUGUUUGUGCUGAUAGAAGUGGAUAUCCUCGCCAGGACAAGCCGUGUCAGAUUCAAUGAUACCUUGCUUGCAGCUACGAGUUCUGCGGCGCUGGGACAGUCGUGCUCAAACUGGGAUUCUAUGUACGUUACUGGUGCUAGACUAGACGCAAACUCGACUGCUGUUGAGGGGCGUGUCAUCGAAGUUAAAUUGGACACAUUCUAGGGCUGCAUUCAGAAAGAGCUGUUUAGUAAUUUUUUGAGAGCUGUUCCAUACCAGUCUGGCCAGCGUAUAAAUAGAAUUAUCCUAAGACCCUAGAAAGUGUCAGUCAC